CACACUUCAAGAAGAAGAGGAAGCAUCCACAGAUGACGAGGAAGCAGGCGAUUCAAUGGGUGAAGAUAUAGAGAGUGAUUAUGAAAAUGUGGCACUGAUAUACUGCCAAGAUGAUUACCCCACUCAUAUAUUCCACACUUUGGCAGAGUUCAGGGAAUCCUCCCUUCUCACUGACCUUUUUUUGAGCACAGAUGAUGGGAAGAAUUUCCUCAUACACUCCACUGUCCUGGCUGCUGUCAGCUCCAUCAUAAGGGAAAGUCUGAGUAGAAGGGAUGUUGAAAAUGAUGAAGCUGAUGAAAUAAAUGACAAUGACAAAAGUUCUGGAGUGCAGAGGUGGUCAAUGUCUUUGGGUCCGGAGGUGGAACAUGUUGGAUUGGAGGCAGUUGUGGAGUUUGCCUACACUGGACUCAUAUCAUGUUUAAAUAGGGACACUGUGGACCGGAUAAACGCUGCUGCUAAAACACUGGGCGCCCCAAGGGUGUUGGAUCUCUGCACCAAGGAAAAGGAGAAGUCAACAAAAACUGGAGGACAGAAGAAAGAAGAAGGGAUUUCUGCUGCCAGACAAAUGAUGAUUAGUCUUCAGUCCAUCAAACAGCUAUGGAUCGACAGAGUGGGCUGUGAUGUUGUUCUAAAAGCUCGUGGAGCAUCACUUCAUGUCCACAGAGUCAUCCUGGCUGCAAGUAGUGACUACUUUCGAGGUAUGUUCACCUUGGGGAUGAGGGAGUCCCUUCAGCCUUGUGUUGCCCUCCCCUUCCUUUUGGCUUCAGAGCUGGAAGUUCUGACUGGCUGCUCCUACAGUGGGGCACUCCCCCUCAGCUGGAGUUGUGUCUUUGAGAUCACUUGCACCUCCCUUCAGCUCCAGCACCAACCUGCCCUUUCCUUGUGCCUGAGAUUCCUCCAACAAGAAAUAAAUCCCCACUCCUGCUUGGAUGUGGCAGCGUUUGCUGAGGCCUAUGACAUGGUGUCACUUCUUGAAAUUGCUGAUGAUUUCGUCUUGCGGCAAUUCCAAAAAGUAUCUUGCACCUCAAAGUUCAAGGACCUGCCAGUCAAGCAACUCCUAAAGUACCUGAACAGCUACUCACUGUGUGUUCCAUCUGAGCUUGUUGUAUUCAAAGCAGUGGCAGCCUGGAUCCAAGCUAAGCCCAAGAGAAGGCUGAAACUUGCCCAAGAACUAAUGAAAACCAUCCACUUUCCCCUAAUGACUUUUAAGGAAUUCAAAGAGGUUCAGUCUCUAAACAUGUGGUCUGAUCACAGCUUAGCAGAGCUCUACGAAGCAGUUUUUGAAGAUUUCUGCUCCAAUGAUACAGCACCACACAGUCGGUGUCGCAUCUAUCUGCCGAAAGAGAGUCUAGUCUUAAUUGGAGGUGAUCAGAUCUGCGAGGACCUGGGUAGCCGCAGCAUCAGCAGAGAACUCUGGUUUGGGAAUUCUCUGGUGAACCAUACAGGAAUUAAAAAGGCCAUGGAGUGGAGAAGGUUGGGAGAGAUGCCAGAGCCAGCAAGGUUUGGACAUGAAGUUGUUGUGCUUGACGGACAACUGUACGUGAUUGGGGGCAAGUGUUACUAUGGCAUUAAUGACACCCUGGAAUCUGUUUAUAGGUAUGACCCUCUUCAAAACAGCUGGGAGAAACUGGCUAAAAUGCAAGAAAAGAGAUGUGCAUUCUCUGCGGUUGUGCUGGACGGAAACAUAUAUGCCACUGGCGGAUGUUGUGACAGUCAUUAUAUAGAGAGUGUGGAAAGCUACAGCCCUAUUACAAACUCUUGGGGCUUUACCAAGCCAUUGGAUCUGCCUCUGGGUGGGCAUAUUGCAAAGGUUUUACAAGGGCAGAUCUUCAUCUCAGGAGGGCUGAACAGUGACUACCAGUGUCUGGCAUCCAUGUUUCUGUAUCACCCAGAGACAGGAAGCACCUAUCUGGCAAACAUGACUAAACCACGUGCUCACCACUGCAUGGAGACCCUGGGUGACCAUCUCUAUGUAGCAGGUGGAAUUACGAAAGAUGCUAACAUGAUUAUCUUAGACCACCUAGCUUGUGAGGUGUACAAUCCAGCGGCUGACUCCUGGACUGCCUUUUCAUCUUUACCAGUGCCACAUGUCGGAGCAGGAAGUGUUGUUUUGGAGGGGAAGUUUUAUGUGCUUGGCGGGUACAGCCAAGAGGACUUCAGUGACACUAAAAUGGUCCAUCGUUAUGAUCCUACUAUAUACAGAUGGGAGAACAUGGGCAAGAUGCCUGGACCAAACAAUGACAUUCGAGCAUCUUUGCUGUGUUUGCCAUCACAUGUGCGAUUGUAAGAAGUGAUGAAAAUGUCAGAUGUCAAGGUUUAAUGGUGCUGAAUUUCA